CGUUAACAACGAACAUUAUCGGCUUCAAUUUUUUUAUCAUCAAUGGCGUUAAAGGUUCUUUCUGCCCUUGACGCUGCAAGAACCCAGUACUACCACUUCAAAGCUAUCAUUAUUGCCGGCAUGGGACUCUUCACCGACGCUUAUGAUCUCUUUUGUGUCCCUCCGAUCAUGAUACUGAUUUCACGGAUAUACUAUGAUGAUGACGACAAAACAGCAACAGAAGGUGAAUCUAAAAAGACAGUCAAUAUUCCUAAGCCUGUUACAACUGUCAUACUGGUCACAGCUCUUUUGGGGACCGUGAUCGGUCAACUCUUCUUCGGUAGAAUGGGUGAUCUAACCGGGAGACGGCGUAUGUACGGGCUUGCAUUGAUGCUGAUGGUGAUGAGCUCUAUUGGAUGUGGUUUCUCCAUUUGUACAUCAAAGGAGUGUGUGAUAGGAAGCCUUGUGUUUUUCAGGUUUUUGUUGGGAGUCGGCAUAGGUGGAGACUAUCCGUUGUCGGCAACAAUCAUGUCCGAGUUUGCUAACAAGAGGACCCGCGGCGCUUUUAUCGCCGCUGUGUUUUCAAUGCAAGGUUUUGGGAUUUUGGCAAGUUCAAUUGUCACCAUGGUGGUCUGCAAAAUAUUUGAGAAAGCAUCAGGUGCCUCAGUUCCUAUAACGCCAGCCGGGGACAUCGCAUGGAGAUUAAUACUGGUGCUGGGUUCAAUUCCUGCUGCUUUCACAUAUUAUUGGCGUAUGUCGAUGCCUGAAACUGCUAGAUAUACAGCUCUGGUAGAACAAAAUGUUCUGCAAGCUGCUAAAGACAUGGAGAAAGUAUUACAGGUUUCAAUGAGUCAAAUUACAGAAGAGGUGGAAUUGGAACCAAGGCCGCCAUCUUAUCCUCUCUUCUCUAAGAAAUUCAUUCGCCACCAUGGCCGUGAUCUCUUCGCUACUGCCACCUCUUGGUUCCUCCUUGAUAUUGUGUUUUACAGUAAUAACCUCUUUCAGUCCAAAAUUUACCACAGCUACGUUGAUGAAGGGACCAACCCCUAUGAUGAAGCUUUCAGAGUUGCGAGCUUCCAAGCUAUUGUUGCAAUCUGCGCAACAAUUCCAGGUUACUUUGCCACUGUGUAUUUAAUUGAUCGCAUUGGAAGAGUAACAAUCCAACUCCUUGGUUUCUUCUUCAUGGGCAUAGUUUAUUUGGGAAUCGCAAUAGGUUAUAGGAAACACUGGAACAAAAAUGCAGAUCUCUGGUUUAUUGUCCUCUAUUGCCUCACGUUUUUCUUUGCAAAUUUUGGACCCAACACUACCACUUUCAUUGUUCCAGCCGAACUUUUUCCAGCUAGAUUUAGAUCAACUUGCCAUGGAAUUUCAGGGGCCAUAGGAAAGCUGGGUGCCAUACUUGGGUCGAUCGGAUUGUUGUGGGUUAUAAAAGAAGAUCAGGAAACUGGUAAUCCCAAAGGCAAAGGGAUGACAAUAGCAUUGAGCAUUAUGGGUGGGGUUUGCUUUCUGGGAAUGGCGGUUACGUAUUUCUUCACUCCGGAAACCAUGGGGAGAUCACUGGAAGAGAAUGAGAAAGAAAUUGAAGCAACCGAAUUAUGUUUCUUUAGAUGUCCUACUGGCUCUUGUAUCCCGCUUACAAAGUCGUCUACCAGUGAAGUUGCAGCCACUUAGCCAGGCCAAGCUCCGACUCUCAAUCACUACUGUUUUGUAAGGUUAAAGUGACAUUUUGUGAUCGAUAUAUAGGAGUUUCUUUUAAGGAAGGGUGCAAUUCAUGCAUUAGAGCUCGUAAACUUUGUGCAUAGGCAAUGUUUAAUUACUUAGAAAUUGUAUUGUGCAUAUUAUAAUGAAGGCUACAUAUUAUUAGUAUUA